AUGGAUAAAUUAAGUAGUUUGAUUAUAACAUCAAUAUGCAAUGACUUGUUGGACUCGGUUGAUAAUCAACAUGGUGCAAUCAUUGAUGUAUUGUCAUUGGCACUCACAAAUAGAAGACUGUUUGAAAUAGUUGAUAGGAUCACAACUAAAAGAUCAUUGUAUUGGAAGAGGAAUGAAGGUGUUGACACACCGGGCUACACACCAGACUUGACCAAUCCCACCAACUACCUAUUCGAGAACAAUGUCUCGUUCAAGUCCAUCAUGAUUCCAAUGUCCAUCACAACAUUGGUCUUUUGUGAUGAGUUCAACAAAGUGAUCACAACUCUUCAGCACUUGACAUCACUCAAUACAUUGAUAUUAGGUCGUGGAUACAACAAACAGAUCAAGAAUGGUAUUCUACCCAACUCACUCAUCACUUUGGUGUUUGGUCAGUGCUACAAUCAAGUGAUCAUUCCAGGAUCACUACCAUCAUCGAUCACCGAGUUGGUCUUUGGUGAGAAGUACAACAAGCCUUUUGAAACAGGUACACUACCAUCGUCAUUGAUGGAGCUGACCCUGGGAUUCAAGUUCAAUCAGGUGAUCAAGAAGGGGGACCUGCCUUCAAUCACCACACUUCAGUUUGGACCCGAGUACACUCAAAUGAUCAGUGAUGGAGCACUCCCAUCUUCUCUCACAUCAUUGAUCAUGACUGAGAAUUUCUCAAACAAGAGCGUCUCGUUUGGCCAGCUGCCCAACAAUAUCAAGUCGUUCUCACAGGCCAACAGUUCAGUAUUGUCGUAUCCAAACUCGCUCACAGAGUUGACCUUUGGUUAUCACUACAACAAAGUGCUUGACAUCUCAUCACUGACGUCGCUUAAGAUGUUAAAGUUUGGUCGAUUGUACGAUCAACAAAUAUUACCUGGAAUGAUCCCUACCUCAUUGACCAGUUUGUCUUUUAGUCCAAACUAUCAUUAUCCAAUCGUACCCGGAGUCAUCCCAACGUCGGUCACUUAUCUUAAGCUUGGACAGAGAUUCAACAACACAAUAAUCCUUCGCAAUAUACUCCCGCCUGGACUCAGAACAUUGAUAUCGCUGCCCUGGGUAGCGACAAUCUCUUGGGACAUCCCACAGUAG